CCCAAGACCUUAGCUUAGCUAGCUUCAACCUUUCCCAUUCUCCAAACACUUUUUUCUUUCUUUCUUUCUCCAUCACUGUCAAAGCUUUCACACUACUCUCUUUCUUUUUCUCUCACACAAACGCUGUUCUUUGUCAAAUUCUUCUCUUCUCAGCUCUUCACUACUUGGGUUUCUGGUUUAGAAAGGUAAGCCUUGUGAAACCCUUUGCUGUUUUUCUUUGUUUAGAUUUCUUCAGAAGAAAGAAAAAAAUGGUGUCUUUGGUUUUGUUUGUUCUUUUGAUGCUGUGCAACUCGCAUGGACUGGUGAGUUCAUUGAACGGUGAAGGGUAUGCCCUUUUGUCGUUUAAGCAAGCCAUUACACAAGACCCAGAAGGGUCUCUGAGUAACUGGAACUCUUCUGAUGAGAACCCUUGUGCAUGGAAUGGGGUCACAUGCAAGGAGCUUAGAGUUGUUUCACUCAGCAUUCCAAAGAAGAAACUUGCUGGGUUUCUUCCUUCUGCUCUUGGGUCCAUCUCUGGGCUUCGUCAUUUGAAUUUAAGGAACAAUAAAUUGAAUGGAAGCUUGCCAGUUGAGCUUUUUGAAGCUCAGGGGCUACAAAGUUUGGCCCUUUAUGGAAAUUCCUUAUCUGGGUCUGUGUCAAAAGAGGUUGGGAAGCUUAAGUAUCUUCAAACUUUAGAUUUGUCUCAAAAUUUUCUUAAUGGGUCUAUUCCUGCAUCAAUUCUUCAGUGCAAGAGACUCAGAGCCCUUGAUAUUAGUCAGAAUAAUUUCACUGGUUCUCUGCCAGAUGGGUUUGGAAAAGCAUUUGUUUCUCUGGAAAAGCUUGAUCUUUCCUUCAACAAGUUCAAUGGCCCAAUUCCUGGUGAUAUUGGAAAUUUGUCUAGCUUGCAGGGCACUGUUGAUUUGUCUCAUAAUCUUUUUUCUGGUCCCAUACCAGCUAGUCUUGGAAACCUUCCUGAGAAGGUCUAUAUUGAUCUCACUUAUAACAAUUUAAGCGGUCCAAUACCCCAAACUGGUGCUCUAAUGAACAGAGGGCCAACUGCUUUUAUUGGGAAUCCUGGACUCUGUGGCCCCCCUUUGAAGAACCCAUGCUCUUCAGAAACUCCUGGUGCAAGUUCACCUUCCUCAUUUCCAUACCUGCCAGAUAAUUCUCCACCUCAGGAUUCUGAUUCUGGAAAGAGUGAAAAAGCCAAAGGUUUAAGUAAGGGUGCUGUGAUUGCUAUAAUAGUCUGUGAUAUAAUUGGUAUAUGCCUUGUUGGGCUGCUUUUCUCUUAUUGUUACACGAGGAUUUGUUCUUGUAGAGGCCGAAAGGAUGAACAUGGUCAUGGUUUUGGCAAGGGAGGGAAGGGAAGAAAGGAGUGCUUGUGCUUCAGGAAAGAUGAGUCUGAGACUCUAUCAGAAAAUGUAGAGCAGUAUGAUCUUGUGGCGUUGGAUACCCAGGUGGCUUUUGAUCUGGAUGAGCUUCUAAAGGCCUCUGCUUUUGUUCUUGGAAAGAGUGGAAUUGGGAUUGUUUAUAAAGUUGUUCUUGAAGAGGGGCUAACAUUAGCCGUGAGAAGACUAGGGGAAGGAGGUUCCCAAAGAUUUAAGGAGUUUCAGACAGAAGUAGAAGCAAUUGGGAAGCUAAGGCAUCCUAAUGUUGUAACUUUGAAAGCUUACUACUGGUCUGUAGAUGAGAAGCUGCUCAUAUAUGAUUACAUUUCCAAUGGAAAUCUUUCCACUGCACUUCAUGGGAGGUCUGGAACAGAGUCAUUCACACCUCUAUCAUGGUCUGUUCGGCUAAAAAUCAUGAAAGGAAUUGCAAAAGGUUUGGUCUAUCUCCAUGAGUUCAGCCCCAAGAAAUAUGUUCAUGGUGAUUUGAAGCCUAAUAACAUUCUUCUUGGACAAAACAUGGAACCCCAAAUUUCCGAUUUUGGACUCGGUCGCCUUGCUAAUAUUGCUGGAGGUUCUCCCACCUUGCAAUCUAGCCGAAUGGCCACAGAUAAGUCACAAGAGAGGCCACAAAAGAGUGCUUCUGAUGCCACUACUGUUGCUUCGUCUACUACUACUACUACUAACUUGGGAUCUUGUUAUAUUGCUCCUGAAGCACUGAAAGUGGUGAAACCAUCCCAGAAGUGGGAUGUUUAUUCGUAUGGUGUUAUCCUGCUAGAAAUGAUUACUGGCAGAUUGCCCAUAGUCCAAGUAGGUUCCUCUGAAAUGGAUUUGGUUCAUUGGAUUCAGCUCUGCAUUGAAGAGAAGAAGCCUCUCUCAGAUGUUUUAGACCCUUAUUUAGUCCAAGAUGCCGAAAAGGACGACGAGAUUAUUGGAGUUAUUAAGAUUGCAAUGGCUUGCAUUCAAACUAGUCCUGAGAAGAGACCAACAAUGAGGCAUGUAGGUGAAGCUUUGGACAGGCUGAUCAUAUCUGAUUCUUGAGAAACCCAACAAGCUAGUGAGAAUCCUUUUCUUCAUGUUUUAGCCUUAAGUGAUCAUAUGAAACCAUGAAAGAAGAACCCUUUUACAAUUGUAAUUUGACAUAGAUCUGCAUGACUUCAAAUUCAUUGUAAGUUUCUCAACUUCUUUUAGCUAUUAUUGCAUUGGACUGGCUCAAGUUAGGUCUGCAACAAGAGCAUGCUUUCAAGUGUUAUUUGAAAUUGAGUUUGUUUUUAGUAUAUAUGUGUGAAAGUUUGUCUUAUUUUUGCUCUUGUUGCAGGCCUUUUGUAUCCUUUUGUUCAAUUUAUUUAUUUAUUACUAUUUCUUACU